AACAUAAAAAUACAAAUGUGUCAUACAUGAAAUAUGAUUACUUAUGUCAGAAAUAAAAUGUUAUUUUAAUUAAGCAAAUUAUUCCAUCUUUCUUAACAUUUAUAAAAUUUAUUCAAUCUCAACUUUUUGAAUAUGCCGGCGUAUCAUUCAGCGUUUGUCUUAUCACCGGAAAGUAUGGUUUGGGUUGGUGAAAAAUCGUUAAUUCCUUUUCGGACCCAGUUUCGGGGUCCAUUACCAACAAACUAUACAGCUGCAGAUAUGGAUAUCAUUGACGAAGCUUUAUAUUAUUUUAAAGCUAAUGUUUUUUUUAGAACUUAUGAAGUUAAAAAUGAAGCCGAUCGAGUUUUGAUUUACGUUACAUUGUACAUUACUGAAUGUCUAAAACGGUUACAAAAAUGUGCAACUAAACAACAAGGGAUCAAUGAAAUGUAUACAUUAGCAAUUAGUAAAUUUUCAAUACCAGGAGAACCUGGAUUUCCUUUAAAUGCUGUAUAUCCAAAACCCACAUCACCAACUGAUGCUGAUUUAUUACGACAAUAUUUACAACAACUUAGACAAGAAACCGGUGUUCGUGUUGUAGAAAAAGUGUUUGCUACUGAAGAUGGUAAACCUAGUAAAUGGUGGCUUUGUUUUGCCAAAAAGAAGUUUAUGGAUAAAUCACUUUCUGGCCCUGGCCAAUAAGUUAUUAUAUUAAAUUUUAUAUUAUAUUACUAUGAAUCGUAAAUGUUUUAUUUAAUUUUUUUUUAUCGUUUGAGUAAAUAUAAUUGAAUCC